CUCAGAUGGUAAUUGGCAUUGCAGUGCCACAAACCGAUCUGAUAAUACCGUCUACCUGCCUAAAGCCGUGUCGUCACAUCGCUCGCGAGUACGGAGCUUCCAGUGUUUUUUUUUUGCGUGGGAUUUUUUAUUUUCGCAAAUAAACCAGAGACUCAAGUAAAAUUUUACACGUGCACAACAAAAUGGGCGACGAGGGCAACAGGAUAAGCGAAGUGUUUAGGGACAAGAUAGCGUUCAUAUCGGGCGCUAGCGGUUUCCUAGGGAAAGUACUCAUCGAAAAACUGCUGCGAACCACUGACGUUAAGAAGCUCCACCUUCUAAUUAGAACGAAGAAGGGCAAAACUCCCGAGAACAGGCUCCAAGACAUGUUUAACCACCCGCUAUUCGCGAUGCUGAACGAGCUGCGUCCAGACGCAAUCAAAAAGUGCCAUGUGGUGCCCGGUGACGUCCUCGAAACUAACCUUGGUAUCGUGGAAGAAGAUAGGCAAUUGUUGUGCAAAGAGGUGGAUUUUAUAUUUCACUCGGCAGCUACCACCAGGUUUGACGAUACAAUUAAGUAUGCGGUACAGAUGAACACCAGGGGCACCAAGUUCAUGCUGGACCUGGCGAAGCAGUGCGAAAAGCUUAAGUGUUUCGUACAUGUCUCCACCGCCUACGCCUUCCCCAAAGAGGAUGUCCUCUACGAAAAGGCCUAUGAUCCUCCGGCCGACCCAGACGAGGUCCUCAACAGUGUCAACUGGAUUCGAGAAGACAGUAUGGCCGACCUGACGAAACAAAUUCUGGGCGACAUCCCCAACAGCUACACGUUCUCCAAGGCCCUCGCCGAAGGUCUCGUUAACAAGGAAGUCGGCAAGUUGCCGGUUAUCAUCGUUAGACCCGCAGUCGUGAUACCGAUCUUCCAAGACCCACUCCCCGGCUUCUUCAACAACCUCCAAAGCCCUAUGGGUAUAUUCAUCGGCGCUGGCAAAGGAGUCAUACGUUCGAUGUACAUGGACAGCAAAUCGUACGCCAACCUGAUCCCAGCAGACUGCACGAUCAACAUCAUGCUUGUCGCCGUUUGGGACUAUUUAAACACCGGCAAAAAGAACGUCUUCAAUGCUUGCGUGCCCGAGACAGACAUCAAGGUCAAUUGGGAGGAGAUCAUCGAGCUAGGCAAAGAAGUUAUCAACACUCAGGUGCCGUUUAACAAUAUAAUGUGGUACCCUGGGGGUACCAUGACUAAAAAUCGACCGUGGCAUCUCAUCAACGUGUUCCUUUUUCAACUGAUGCCGGCAGUAUUCAUAGACGCGUUACUUCUCGUGCUGGGAUACAAACCCUUAUUGUACGACAUCAACAAGAGGUUGUUCAAGGGCCAGGAAAUGUUCGAGUACUACACCACCAAGGCGUGGGACUUUAACCUCGAAUACUUUUUGAGUUUGAGGAAGAAGCUGACUGCAGAGGAGAAAGCAGUUUACAAGGUCGAAGCGGAUGGUGUGGACUUGAAGGCGUAUUUGCGGGACUGCGUUAUGUAUUCCCGUAGGCAUAUUUUCCACGAAACAGAUGAUAUGCUGCCAGCAGCGAAGAGGAAUAUGAAAAUAUAUUUCAUCUUGGACCGGAUAGUCAAAAUUGGUUUCUUCGUGAUUCUUUUUUAUUACUUUUAUAGGAUAGUCUUUGGAUCUACGUAAAACUCAAAAAAUAGAAAUAAAUUUCCGAUAGCCGGAUAAAAAAAAUUAAUGGGGAUAAUUGUCAAUUUCAAAAAACGUACAGAACCUGCAAACUUUAAAUGCGUUUAAGCAUCAUCGACGAUUUUUUAUAAUUUACGCGUUUUGGUUCAAAAUUUAUAGAAAUAUCGGAAAAUGAUUUAUGUCAAAUGAUUUCUGAGUUUACAAAGUUAGUUAGGGUGGGAAGGGGGGUUCUAUGGGGUUUACAUAUAUAUAAUUUAAAAUUAGUUAUUUGUUUAAUGGAGCAGGUCAUUUCGAAUCGAAUGCUCUGUUCCAGCUAAGUACCUUAUGUCAUCAAUAUUGCUCAACUUAUUGUUAUCUUAGUUAUUGUGUAAUAUAGCGCGCUGACCUUAAUACAUGUGAUAUUCUAUUUGUCAUACUUUUUUUACUUAAUAAACUUGUAACCGUCGUUAA